GGAUGCUAGCCGCCUUAAAAACCCUAGAAGGGGAUGAUGGGGCGGUAAAUUCCGUGCACACAAUGCCACAUAUAUCGGGAUAACUAUUUUCAAACCAUUUUUGGACAUCGACCCCUGUUUAUCUUCUUGAUGAGCUAUAGCGUUUUGCCUUAUGGACUCUUUCAUGUCCUGGGAAAGGAUUUUGCAACCUAUUUGCGGAUACCUGCAAGAGCCUAGUGUAAAUGUUGUAAACAAUGAGCGUUUUCACCUGGAUCAUUACUAGAUAACCUGGGAUUUAUACAAUAUUUGACGGGAUUGCAUUAGGUUCAAGGCAACAAAUAUGUCCAAAAUUGAACGUCUGAAUGCCCGAGUGGAAAAGCUGCUGUCUAAAGCGGUGCAGGAGGUUCUGGAGGUGGUGAAGGAGACAGUGUCCGAGUACCAGGAGAAAACUGCCAGAACACAGAGAGAGAACCAAAGUCUCAAGAGGAGGCUGCAGGAGCUCCAGGAGAAACUAGAAAUCAAUGGAUGUGUGCCACAAAUCCCCCCUGUAGCCCAGCAGGCGGAUGCAGACCAGCAUCAGAUGGAGCAGAACCAGAAACAGGAGGUAGAAGAGGACAUUGAUCUUGUCCCCUCUGAUAAAGAAAUUGCACUAAUCUGUCCAUCAUAUUCAUUUGAAGACCUUGACUGUGAAGCAUCCAUCCCAUUAUUAGUCACCCCCUGUGUCUCCCCUAGAGCUACGACAGGACCACAUUUAGGUGGUGAUGACUUCAACAGUCCAAGAGCUCUUAAAACGGAGAGUGAUCAUGGCCUGUCAGCUCCUAUUUCCAAUCAUGUUGUUACAAUCUCUGACAACGAUCAUCAAAUGAAAGUGGAGCCUACGUCGAUUGAAGACGCCACGUGCAACACAAGUUAUUGUCAUGGUGAUGCUGGCACGAGCGCUACAUCCUCACACAGACUAAACCUAGAGCCUCCUCAAGCCAAUUCUGGACUCUACUCUGAGUCUGGACUUGUCUUCUGUGUGGAGCAAAACGGCAUAGAGGGGCCGCCAUCCCAAAGAGACAACAGUACGAACAGUGUUGCAGAGAAACAUCACACCACUCAAACAAUCACAAAAGUGGGCUCUUCAGGCUCAAGAGGGUUCCAGAGGAACAGCAGAAAACACUACUGCUGCUCGCUCUGUGGUCGCACCUUUAGGCACGCCGGGGACUACAAGAAACACAACAGGGUGCACACGGGGGAGAAGCCCUACUGCUGCUCGGUGUGCGGGAAGCGCUUCAGUCAGUCGGGCUACCUGACGGUGCACCUGCGCUAUCACACGGGAGAGAAGCCGUUUGGCUGCAGUCACUGUGGGAAAAGUUUUAGUCACUCGAGUAACAUGAAGAAACACCUGCAGACCCAUCUGUGAGCCUGCUGGAUCCAGAACGUCUCUACACAUAUGCUUUUGAUAUUCAGGGAUGGACACAGUAAAUGACAAAAAGUGCAAAGUGUUGGAUUCUCAAAGUUUAACGUCAAGCCAUCUUUUAUGAACAUAUUUGUCAGCUGAGUGUAUUGCAAUCCUAUUGAAAAAGGGGAUGUAGCUUCAGGCGUGUUACAUGUAAGAGUAAUUGUGCCAUAUUUAACCAAAACAGGAUGCUUAUUGUAGAGCACAUUAAUUCAACAACAGUAAUUCCUACUGUUUCUGUCUUAUAGGCCUGCUAUUGAUUGUCCAAUUUCCAAAUCAAAUAAAUGCAUUUGGUACUUAUGUGUGGUAAAGUAUUGCUAACAAGAUUCCUUUUCAAAGAUCCUAAACAAUCUGAAGUUACGAAGCCAAACCAGACAUU